AUGUCUCGCAAACUCAAAGCUAGAAAUCUCAACCAGUUAGAAACUCAAAAUGAUAACGAACAAAUUGUGCAAGAUAGAGGAAAUGAAAUGCAUGUUGAUUUACCUGCACGACUCGAUGAUAAUGAAGAUUUACUUAAUAUGGAAAUUCCGCCUCUUAUAAAAUCUAUUACAUACAAAGAAGGGUGUGAGCGUUUGGUGAUUUCGCACAUUCAAGUCGAUAACUUUAAAUCUUAUUUUGGAAAACGAAUUAUUGGACCAUUCCAUAAGUGCUUUACUUCAAUAAUUGGGCCAAAUGGAAGCGGGAAAAGUAAUGUAAUUGAUGCCUUGUUGUUUGUAUUUGGUUACCGUGCUUCUAAAAUUCGUUCGAAAAAGGUCAGUGUCCUCAUCCAUUCUUCUGCUGGGAAAGAUGAUUUAAAUAGUUGUACAGUUGCAGUUCACUUUUGUAAGAUAAACGACAAUCUUAUUGGUAAUGGUUACACAAAGGUUCAUGGUUCGGAUAUUGAAAUUUCACGGACUGCAUAUAAAGAUAAUACUAGCAAAUAUACACUUAAUGGGCGAACAGUGAAAUUCAAAGAAAUUGGCGAUCUUUUACGUGCAAAUGGAAUUGACUUGGUUCACAAUCGUUUUUUAAUCUUACAGGGAGAAGUUGAGCAAAUUUCAAUGAUGAAACCUAAAGCUGAAACGGAAGAUGAGGAAGGUAUGCUUGAAUAUUUGGAAGAUAUUAUUGGUUCAAGCCGGUUAAAACCGCUUGUUUUGAAACUUCAUAGACGAAUUGAACAGUUAAACGAGCGUCGAGCUCUACAACUUCAGCGAGUUCAACACGCAGAGAAGGAGAAAAAUCAAUUGGAUGGGCCAGUCCGAGAAGUGUUAAAACUAAUGCGUCUGGAGAAUGCUUUGACUUGUUUGAACAACAAAAUUUUGCUUUCAAAAAGAUUGUUACUACAUGAGCAAGCAGUCAAAAUUAAAAAUCAGAAAAAUCAAUUAGAAAAUGAGCUUGCUGUUUAUCAGCAACAACUUAAUGAAAUUCUUCAAAUUGCUAAACAAAUUUCUAAGGAACGUCAAAAGCUUCAAAACAUUCUCGACAGAUGCGACGAUGCUGUCCAAUCAGUCAGAAAGAAAAAAGCUAAUCAGGAACAAGUAAUAGUUAAAGCAGAAAAUGACUCGAAUAGACAUGAAAGUCGCCGCAAUAAAUUAAUGAAGGAUAUUGAAAAUGAAAAUCAAAGGGUUGAGGAACUUGAGUCUGUGCCUGAACGUUCUAGAGGAAAGAUUGAGGCUUUUCGUAAUCAGCUCGAAGAAAUGAAUGCACAAAUUGAAGAGUUUUCACCCAUUUUGAUGGCGAAGUUGCAAGAAGUACGUGAAGCUUUGAAAUCUGAGGAACCAAAGAAAGCAAAAUUGGAAGAGGAACUUGGUGAACUUUCAAUUAAAGAGGAUUCAUUGAAUAGUAAGUUAACUUUGGCUCAGCAACGUCUUUUAAACCUUCAAAGUGAAGAAGAGGAACAGAGACAAAAAUUCGAUGCUUUACAAGCAGAUUUGCUUAGAACUGAGGAGACUGUCUCAAGCCGAGAGAAAAAACUUCAAACAGCCCAAGCCCAGCUUCCGGACCUUGAAGCCACAUUUGAAGGGAAAACUUCAAGACUGGCUCAUUUACACGAACAGGAAGCUCGGUUCACUGGACGAAUACGUGAACUCAGACGAAAAUAUGAAGAGCAGAAACAAACUGAGGAAUGUUACACUAGCGCUAAUAAACUUCUAAAUCGAAUAAUGGAGGCAAAACGUAAUGGAGAAAUUCAAGGGAUAUUUGGACGUUUGGGCGAUUUGGGUGCUAUCGAUGAAAAAUACGACACUGCUAUUUCUGUAAAUUUUCCGCAGCUUGAAUAUAUUGUUACCGACACAAUUCAAACUGCCCAACAAUGUAUUGAAUUGUUGAAACGUGAACAACUUGGCGUCUCUACAUUUAUUGCACUUGACAAACAACAACAAUAUUGGCGAAAUAUUCGUGCAGUUCCUAAGACACCAGAAAAUGUUCCUCGACUUUUUGAUUUGAUUCGUGUUAAAGAUGAACAUGUUCUUCCUGCUUUUUAUUAUGUUCUGGGUGAAACGCUUGUAGCGGAUGAUAUUGUCGCUGCUACACGUAUUGCAAUGGGUAGUGAGCGUCGUUGGAGAACCGUUACUCUUAAAGGCGAGCUUGUUGACGUUUCUGGUGCAAUGACAGGUGGUGGAACUGUCCAAGCCCGAAGCCGAAUUGGUCGUGAAGUUGUCGUUGUUACCAGCCAACAAUUAGAUAAUCGUCAAGAAGCCUCAACACAACAACAAUUGGCAGAAUUACAGCAAGAAUUAAACAAUGCGGAGGCAGAGUUGACCAACAUUAAACGCCAACAUGCACAACUUGAACCUGAACUUCAGAAACGUAGAGAUGAUUUAAAACAGAUCAGACUGUCGAUUAGAGAAAUGCAACUAGAGAUUGAGAAUUCAAAUAUACGAAUAGUUGACCUUAGGAAGCAAAUUGAGAUACAAAAACAAAAUGUUGUGAAUGCAUCAGCAAACCCUGAGGAAGUUAAAAAUGUUAAAGCAGAAAUUACUUCUCUUACUUCAAAAACUACUGAAAUUGGCAAGCAAACUGAUAAAAUUCGCUCAUCUCUUAUGGCAAUAAAUGCUCGGAUGGAGGAGGUUGAUGAGAGAAUUGCAGGUCCUCACAGAGAACGUUUACGUGAAGCAGAGGACCGUAAGAAAGAAGCGGAAAAUGGAAUUACUAAAGAAUCGGCAGCAAUUAUAACAAGUGAAAGAAAUUUGAAAAAGUCGCGUGCUAAAAUUGCAAAUUUGGAGAAAGAUGUUAUGGAUGUAGAAAAACAAUUCGAAUUGUGCACAAAAAGUAUUUCUUUGGCUAGAGAUCGUUUAGUAGAAUAUGAAACACAACUUGUGCAAUGCAAUGAAGAUCUAGAUUUAGCUAAACAAAAAUUAAAUGAGUUUAUUAGUUCGGUUAGUGAUAAUAAUGAAAGAGAAGUCGAAUUACAAAGACAAGUCAGUCAAUUGCAACAUGAAGUAAAACGUCUUACUGGUGAAUUGGCAACACUAGAGGCAAAAUUGAAAGCUUUGUCUUCAAAGCUUUCAAAAUUGCGACUCUAUAGGUUGAAACGAUUGACAGAUGCUCUUUCUAAACAUAUAGAGCCUUUAAUUUUACCUGAUGAAGAUUUUGAUGAAUUAGUGGAUGAUGAUGUUGAAGAAAUGGAGCAGGAUGAGAAUUUGAAUGUUAAUGAACAAUUACCUAAACAAAAGUUACAACGACAACUUUCAUCAGCACAAAAACGUCAACAGCAACAACAAAAUAUUUUACAACAACAGCAAGAAGAGGCAAAUGAUGGGUUGGAUUCUUAUCUUGAAGAAUGUAUUGAACAAGAGGAAACGGAAGCAGCUGAUAGAAUUGAAUUGGAAAGGAUUGAAAUUGAUGAAAACUCGGGACCGGUGGACGAACCAAUGGAGCAGGACUUAGUUGACGACGAUGUAAUUGAUGCAAAUCUUACUACCACUCCUGCUUCUCAAAAUUUAUCUCAUCUCCAGUCACCAAAUGAUCGUCGUCCACAUAAUUCUGCUGCUAAAACGAGAACAAAUCCAGAUUCUCAAAUGAUAAUACAGAAUUCACAAUGUUUUAUUCCAUUACCUCGCUAUACGGAUGAACGGAUUAGGGAAUUUUGCGUCGACGAUUUGGAGACAGAUCUAGCAACAUUGGAACAGCGAAGAGCAAAGCAACGAGUUAAUUUGGCGAUUGUUAUGGAUUUUAUGCAAAAGUUGGAUCGCUACGAGGCGGAAUCUAACCGUCUUUCUGAAAUUACUUCACUUCGUGAUCGCCAUCGUGCUUUGCAUGAUAAAUUGAAGAAACAGCGUCUUUUUGAAUUUAUGGAAGGAUUUCAAGAGAUUGCCACACUUCUCCGCACUACAUAUCAAAUGAUUACUAUCUUGGGAGAUGUUUCACUUGAAUUGGUAGAUGCAUUAGAUCCAUUUUCUGAAGGAAUUGCAUUUAAUGUUCGACCACCGAAAAAAUCUUGGAAACAGAUAUUGAAUUUGUCUGGCGGUGAAAAAACUUUGGCAUCUCUUUCUUUGGUUUUUGCCCUUCAUCAUUAUAAACCGACACCACUCUAUGUGAUGGAUGAAAUUGAUGCUGCGUUGGAUUUUCGAAAUGUUUCUAUAAUCGCUAAUUAUCUUUUGGAGCGUACACGUAAUGCUCAAUUUAUUGUUAUUUCACUUCGCAAUCAAAUGUAUGAAAAAUCGGAUCGUUUAAUUGGAAUUUACAAAAUUAAUGAUUGUACAGGAAAUGUAUGUGUGGAUCGACAUGUUUUUGAGAAUAAACGUGAGUUAAAGUAUGAACAAUUAAAUACAUGAUUUCUUUUUUUUGCUUUAAAAAUAUACAA